UUUAUUUUGAAAACUCCGCGGUGGAAGUGCUGGUGUGUUCUCGCGCAAUUGCCGCGGUGUGAAGGUGCAGAGUUGCGCCGCGGCUUCACUUUGACUGUGACAUGAACACAGCGUGAAGCUCCGGUCUGAGACCUUCAGGACGACCGCCGGUGUCGCAGCAUCGCAGUGUCCUCGUUGGCUGAGAUCCCUCUGGAGGCGGAGCCAGAGCGAGGAGCCGAGUCGUGGGCGGGACUUCCUCUGACAAGGGGCACAAGAUGCUGCUGACUUCCUGGUCCGUCUCCUUCAGCUACACCUGGCUCAGGUGCCUCCUGAUGAUCCUGACGGCUCCUCCUGCAGUUCUCGGGGGCGACCAGACGGAGCCGUGCGCCGGGCGGGACUGCUCCACCUGUCAGUGUUUCCCAGCCAAAGGAGCAAGGGGUUCUCCAGGUGCUCUGGGACAGCAGGGUCUUCAGGGGCCCCCGGGGUUCCCGGGUGCUCAAGGGCCUCCAGGAGAAAAGGGCAUGAGAGGAGAUGAGGGGCUGACAGGAGCUGCAGGACUGAAAGGAGACAUGGGAAAUGUCGGUGCUCCUGGUUUUCCUGGUUUAGAGGGAGUCCCGGGUCAUCCGGGUCCUGCUGGAGGUCCUGGUUUUCCAGGUCUGGAUGGUUGUAAUGGGACCAGAGGGCAGAGAGGAGAUCCUGGAUAUUCUGGAGAACAGGGAAUUGAUGGUGCACCGGGUCUUCCAGGACCAAAGGGAUUUCCAGGAGAUCCAUCAGUCUACUUCAUACAGUACCCUGGAAUACCUGGAGACGUCGGACCCAGUGGACUUCCUGGACUACAGGGGGAGCAGGGUCUACCUGGACCAAUGGGAGGACUGGGUCCAUCAGGAUUGGAUGGGACCAAUGGUCUCCCUGGUCUGCCUGGUUUCAGAGGUCCACCUGGAGAAAAAGGUCGAUCUCUGCCUGGACAGAAAGGAGACGAGGGGGAUCAGGGCCUCCAGGGGCCUCCAGGGCCAUUUGAGUACGUCGACCCUCCAGAAGACCUGUACAUCAAAGGAGAGAAGGGUCCUCGGGGGAUUAAAGGAGUCUGUGGAGCUAAGGGACUGCCGGGUCUGCGCUCUCUACCAGGAAUCAAGGGAGAGAAAGGGAUUCUGGGAUUUCCUGGACCCAGGGGAUUUACUGGCAGACCUAGUUUUCCCGGAGAGAAAGGAAUCAAGGGGAUUCAAGGAAAUCCAGGUCUCCCAGGUCUGAUUGGACGAGAAGGUCCUAAGGGUAUGAUGGGAGAUCCAGGUCUUAAAGGCUUCCCUGUGGUGUCAGACAUCACAAACAAAGGUGCCAUCGGGGAUUCUGGGGCCCCCGGACUGGCUGGCCCACCAGGAAACGUGGGGCUGAGAGGAAUGGAUGGUCCCCCAGGACCCCCCGGUAGAGCCAUACCUGGACCAGAAGGUGCUGUGGGUGAGAGAGGAGUUCCAGGAUCCAAGGGGGAAAGAGGAGAUCCUGGUCAGGUUUAUAUAGUGGAAAUUACACCUGGAGAACCUGGAAAACCAGGACGACCCGGACUUAAAGGACAGAAAGGAGAACCAGGAAGUCCAGGUCGUUACUGUCUUCCUGGGAUCCCAGGACAACAUGGAGAGCCAGGUCAACAGGGACACCCAGGGGCUCAGGGCCUCCAAGGGUUUAAAGGCAAUCGUGGGAACUGUGAUUGUGGCCCUCCUGUAGUAUUGAGGGGCCCCCCAGGACCUAUGGGAGAUUCAGGGAAUCCAGGGUUUCCAGGAGCCCCAGGAAGCCCAGGGGAGAGAGGACAGAAUGGAAACCCAGGAAACCCUGGAGAGAGAGGGAAACCGGGUCUGACUGGAUAUCCAGGUGUGAAGGGGGUCAAAGGUCAGAAGGGAGUUGUCAUUGAGGUGGAGAUUGGAGGUGAGAAGGGAAGCAGGGGCCCACCUGGCCCUCCAGGCAGAGAAGGACUCUCAGGGAGAAGAGGACUUGAUGGGGUCCCCGGGGCCACCGGAGACCCUGGUCCUGAGGGUGAAAGUUUAGACAGCUUUCCUGGAGAUAGAGGCCUCCCAGGAUUUUCAGGGCAAAAGGGGUCAUCAGGACCUCCAGGUGCCACCGGAGUGGGUAUAGUCGGUGCAAUAGGAAAUCGUGGGCCCCCUGGGGACCCAGGUCGUCAAGGAUACCCAGGUUUUCCAGGGCUACAGGGGCCUAAAGGUGACACUCUGCCCUGUGCACCCAAAAACCCUGGCCCCCCUGGGGAGAAGGGAGACCCUGGAAACCCAGGAAACCCAGGACUCCAGGGUUCUGCAGGUUUUCGUGGCAUCACUGGACCUGAUGGAGUUAAAGGAGACAAAGGAGGGUCUGGAUUCCCUGGAAUACCUGGAAGACAAGGACCUAUGGGUAUUGUUGGAGAUAUUGGAGACGAAGGACCUGAUGGCGACAGUUACGCUGGAGAUCCAGGUUCUCCGGGGAUCCCAGGCUUUCCUGGACUCAGGGGCCCAACAGGGGACCCUGAUGGUGGGCCUUCAGGACCCAUUGGAUUCCCGGGACCACUUGGUGCUCAGGGACCUAAGGGAGUCCCUGGUCCUCCCGGGAAAGAUGGACUACCGGGAGUCUUGGGUUUGUCCGGUGGCCCUGGACCAAAGGGCCAGAGAGGACAGGAUGGAGCACCAGGUGUAACUGGUCCCCAAGGCCCCUCACCUAAAGUCUGCGAUGCAGGAAAACCCGGUUCCAGGGGCCCUAUUGGCCCUCGGGGACCCAUUGGACAACCAGGCUUUCAGGGAGAGAAAGGUGACAUGGGGGAGCUGGGUGCUCAAGGUAUUGGCUCUAAAGGCCCUGUAGGUAAACCAGGCACUCCAGGUUCCCCAGGGUACCCAGGGAUCCAAGGCCCCUCCGGCCUCAUUGGAAACUCAGGACUGCCAGGGCCCAAUGGUCAGAAAGGUCCGUUGGGGUCCCCAGGCAGGUGCGGAGGGCCAGGGGUUCCCGGGAAGACCGGGGCCCCUGGAGGUCCGGGGAGAACAGGGGAGAGAGGGUUUGUUGGACGUGACGGAGCUCAUGGAUGUGAAGGGCAAAAAGGAGAAAAAGGCUGUCAAGGGCCCCCAGGGCCUCCAGGAGAAACCAGGUUUGUCCUCAUCAAAGGAGACAGAGGAAAACCAGGACCCUUUGGCAUCAGCGGCUUCCCUGGACCACGAGGAAAUAAAGGUUUUCCAGGAGCUACAGGUAGGCCAGGGUAUCAAGGCAUCAGGGGACCCCCAGGCUUCGUAGGACCACCAGGACCUCCUGGACCCUGCGGUAAGCCAGGUCCCCAAGGACCACCUGGACGUCGAGGACCUCCAGGAGUCAUCGGCUUCCCUGGAGAGACCGGAGAUCCAGGUGAUCCGGGAUGUCGAGGAAAAUAUGGAGAACCUGGUCUUCCAGGAUGUCCCGGAGAGAAAGGUGAUAAAGGAGACUCUAUUAGUUGUCCCGGUCUACCUGGAAACAAGGGGCCUCCUGGAGACUUUGGGCCCUCAGGAACUCCUGGACCACCAGGAUAUCCUGGAAGACCUGGUCCAAUCGGGGCUCCGGGACAGAAAGGAUGCAAAGGAGAUCCAGGGCACUGCGGAGACCCUGGUCCAGCAGGGGUGAUCGGUCCAGAAGGUCCUAGAGGUCAUCCAGGUUUACCAGGGAAUCCUGGAAAGGCGGGUGCUGAUGGUCCUCCAGGACAGCAGGGCUGCCCGGGACUCCAAGGUCCUCCUGGACCACUGGGACUUCAUGGACUGGAUGGACUUAAAGGAGUGAAGGGGGACAUGGGCACCAGAGACCAGUUUCAGAGUCAGAGAUUACAGGACAUUAUAAACGUCGGGGUGGGCCCGGUCCUCCAGGUCAUUCCAGGUCUUCCAGGGGAUAAGGGUCCUCAAGGUCCUCAAGGUCCCUCUGGUACAUCCCAGCCUGGUCCACCGGGACCCAAAGGCCCUCCAGGACCAAAAGGACCUCCAGGUGUUUGUGGACCUGCAGGUAAACCUGGACCAGACUGUAAAGAUCCAUUCCCAGGCCCUCCUGGAGAUUGUGGUUAUCCUGGAUCAGAUGGAGAGCCAGGUUGUCCGGGGGCCAUGGGAGACCCAGGUCCAAACCCUCCAGUACCUGGAGAUGAAGGGGACAACGGGGCCCCUGGAUACUGUGGGCCACCGGGCGAAAAGGGUUCUCCAGGGCCCACUGGUCCGCCAGGCUGCCCCGGGGAUGCUGGAGUGAAAGGAAUAAAGGGGUCACAAGGCCUGAUGGGAGUACCUGGUGGUCGGGGUCCUAGAGGUCAUCCUGGUGUCAAAGGACCUCCAGGACCAAAAGGAUUUAGUGGACCGAUGGGUCCAAAGGGAGAGAGGGGAGAAGUCUCUCCCUGCCCCACUUACCCUCCUGCCCAACAGGGCCCCCCAGGUCCCCCUGGCCCCUGUGGAGACCCUGGAGAGAAAGGACUUAGCGGAGAAAUUGGCCUGAGGGGCCUUCAAGGCAUGAAGGGGGAUCCUGGAUCUGAGGGACCAAUAGGCCCUGUGGGACCCCCAGGUCAAGAUGGAGACAGAGGAGAGCCAGGCCUGCAGGGGGAGAGUGGAGUAGUGGGAGCCAAAGGUGAACCUGGUCCAAUAGGUGACAGAGGUUUUCCUGGACCAACCAAACACUUGAACUCGGGCUUCCUGUUGGUGAGGCACAGCCAAUCAAAGAAUAUCCCCACCUGUCCAUUAAACAUGAGGGCCCUAUGGCACGGAUACAGUCUGCUGUACCUGGAGGGUCAGGAGAAGGCUCACACUCAGGACCUGGGUCAGGCGGGGUCAUGCAUGCGUGUCUUCUCCACCAUGCCGUUCUCUUCCUGUAACAUGGGCGCCUGCGCUUAUGCCAGCCGUAACGAUAAAUCCUACUGGCUGUCGACAACGGUGGCCGUCCCCAGCUUACCUGUGGACGGACCCUCCAUUGAAGACCACAUCAGCCGCUGUGUGGUCUGCGAAGCUCCCUCCUCACCUGUCGCACUGCACAGCCAGACCGCCAACCAGCCACUCUGCCCCCCCAAUUGGACAAGCCUGUGGACCGGAUACUCCUUCCUCAUGCAUACAGGUGCAGGUGAUGAGGGCGGUGGCCAGUCUCUGACAUCAUCAGGUAGCUGUCUGACAGACUUCAGGGCCCAGCCCUUCGUGGAGUGUCAGGGGCCUCGAGGAACCUGCCACUACUUCUCCAACAUCUACAGUUUCUGGCUGACCAGAGUGGAAACAAGCCCCUACAACGAUCCCUCCACCACACUGACCGAGGGCUGGCAGCAGAGGGGGAACAUCGGGAGGUGCAACGUCUGCAUGAGGGAGCACGAGGGAGUUCGAUAGAUGCUUCAUCUCCUCCUGCACGAGGGAGUGAGGAACUCCUUCUCCACCGAGGGGACGCACAAGACAAGACUCGUUUAUUUGAAUCUGUAAGGAGAGACUGUCAUGUUAAAGAUAACGCUGCCAAACAAUCAAUCAGUCAUUCAUUCAAUCAGUCGGCCCUGUUCAGAUCAACAGGAGUGACUUGGUGCAGCACAAAUGUCCAAAGUGAUUUGUGUCAACCUUUUACAAACAUCACAGACGGAUAUUUGAACUGAGGUUGUCUGAUGUUAGAGAUUAAUUUUAGGUUUCACAGCAGAGUCACGAUAUUUGAUCCCAUCUGAAUCAAUAGAUAAGUCACAUGAUAAAAACUAGAACAUGAUCAGCCAGUUUAUUUUACACUUUCCAGUUGGUGUUAUUUAAAAAUUCUUGAGGAUGAACAUGUGAGUAUUUUUGUCUGGUGCAGUCUAAUUGCUGGUUUUAGCCACCAGGUGCUAACAUCAGAGAUAUUUCAAUUUUACACAUUGGAACAAUUAAAAAAAGACAAUCCACAAAUUGUAACAAUGACAGACAGAGCUGUUGGUCAGUAUUUUUGAACCAGUCGGGGGAAUCAUUAUGAUAGGCUUGUUGAUGCUGUUAAUGACUCAUUAAACUGAAUUGUUCAGGAGCUGCUACUCCUCUUCAGCCUUCAACUGUACUCAAAUUAUCAUUAUUUAUUUAUAAAAUUUAUCCAAACCUAUAAUCUGAAAAGUUCUUCUAGCUUCGUCUUGUUAUUUCAGCUACGUUUAAGGUCAGAGAAAGUAUGAGACCUCCAAUCUAUGGCAACAUCCGCCGAACUAGCUGGAAAACAUAGUUGGAAAUAAUUUGUUAACAUCUUUGACUCAUAAUAAUUCAAUGUAAACAUCAUUCAACCCCAGUUUGAACCCUAACGUGAUGAAUUUAAAAGUCAUAUCUAGUUGUCAGGUGAACACCUUGUAUUGAGUGAAUGCCUAAACCUUUAGUUGCUAUGGAAACCAGACUGGUUUAAUCUCGGGGCUCGCAUCAUUUGGUGGCUGAUUGAGAAGUUACAAGGUUUUCACCACAUUCCGUGAUGUCACAUCCUGUAACAGUUGAUUGGUUGGUGCAUUGGGAGGGACGUUCUCUCGUCAUCAGACGUCAAUGACAAUGAAAAACUUGAGUAAACUUUAGCACCACCCCCCACCCUGCCCUGCCUCCAGCCAAGCCCACAGCCCAACCAGACCUGCACUGAAAAUGCAUUCUGAUUGGUCAGCUGAACAUCAGUCUGAUUGGUCAGCUGAGAGGCAGUGACUGCGUGUCAUUGUCAGUCAGUAUUUUGUUAAUAAGUAGGGAGAGAAUCGUGUGAGAAGCUGUGAAUAUAUUUGACAUUAAACCUUGAAAUUUGUUUUUGUUCCAGUUUUCUUUCAGAUCAGAGGAGUUUGAAAUUUGGAUUGGACACGUUCAGUUUUCAGAUUAGCCGUGUUCAGAUUUCAGAUCAGACGUGUUCAGAUUUUGCCUCCCUCAGCUUUUUAAAAAAUGUUUCAGAGUUUCAGUGUAAAGACAAAACGCAGCGCUGACGUCUGCUGUCACAUUUUAACACAGAAAUGAUUCGACUCAAGAUUCAAGGUCCUGUUACUGAGUCGAACAUUUGAACAGGAUGAGCUGCAGCAGAUAACCAGGAACUGAACCAGAGACAGAACCAGGACAUAUUCAGAACCUGAAACUGAUGUUGUGAGUUUAUCCACAUUCAUCCUGUAAAAUUUACUGUUUGUUCUUCACUUUGUUGAUUUGAGUAUUUCUGUGUUAUGAAUAAAGUUCACUUGAACAUUUGUCUGAUAGACUUCAUAUAAAAACUAAAGGUCUGUAGCCACAAUUCUAAUGUUUUAAUAUUAACAGAUAUAUAAUUUAACAGAAUGAACAUAUGGCAACAUAUUUUCAAAAACCAAGUUACUUCCUGUUUCUUUAAUUUAUGAGAAUAAUAUAUUUCUGGUCCUGGUCCUGGUCCUGGUUCAGGUUCUGCUCCUGAAUUAUCUCUCUGUGAUUUGUAAAUAUGUUUGAACUCAACCGUUUUUUACUGUAAAUGUCAUCAGAGUAUUUAUUUAGCCUGAAAUUAAUGUUGGUGCUAUUUGAUGUUUCAUUUGUUUGUUUUUAUUUCGGUAAAUAGUGACACGGUGAAGCCCCGCCCCUCCCCAUCCAUAAAAUGACAAACCUUAGGCAGAUUUUUGUUUUACAUUUCUGUUUGUUUUGUUUGUUUGUUGUUUUUUUGUUUUGUUUUUUGUUUUUGUUUUUGUUGUUGUUUUUUAAGAAUUUAUCAGGAUGGAAAUUGAACUUCAGUGAUCAGAAUUUUUUUUCUGUCAAAAUGUUUUAGGUAAACACAUUUUUGAAACAUGAACAAUUCAACAUUUUAAGAUAAAACACAGACUUUAACUACAAUUCCCAUGAUGCUUUGAAAGGAGGUCUGUGUUUAAUACUGAAAAUCGAACUUUGGUUUCAGUUUUGUUAAAAUGUCAAGUUCAGAUCAGCAGUAAACAGAAAAGAUUAAAAAAAAGAAUAAAAUGAGAAAAUCAGGUGUGAGAAGUAGGGGCGGGACUUCAUUGUUACCUGAGGAGGGUGGGGAGGGGGAGGUGUCACCAUUUCUUCAUUCUGUUUUUAUUGUAUUUAAAUCUGUCGGUGAUAUUUAAUCUCUGUAGGAGGAAACUUCCCACUAACACUUGUGAAACAUUUUACUCUGUGGACGGACGACUUCAAUAAAUCGCAUCAAACUUUGA